GAUUGGUCGAAAGCCGGUGUUCUUCAUUGUCAUUUUCGUUACUGUCGUCACAGCUGUCGCUUCAGUUUUGAUGUCGAAUUUCACGGCGUUUCUUAUUCUGCGAAUUAUUAAUGGCAGCCUUAUGCCAUCCGUCUUUCAACUGCCAUACAUCAUACUGCUAGAAAUUGUGGGUCCAUCCUAUCGAACUCGGCUAAACGGCAUCGCCAACUCUUCUUGGACGAUAGGACUCUGCGUCUUACCUCUCAUCGCUUAUGUUACUAGACACUGGGUCACUUUGGGUUUAGCAACUUCGUCCGUCACCGUGUUGUUCUUUUGCUACUGGAAAUUCUUACCCGAAUCUCCUCGAUGGCUUCUCUCCCAAGAGAGAUAUGGGGAGGCGUCGAUUAUCUUAACGAGAAUAGCAGAAACAAAUGGGAAACCUCAAGAUCCUGUGGAGCUGAGGAUGAAAGUGCAGAAAUUAGGUGAAAGGAUAAAGAAAGAAAAGAAUCUAAAUGCAGUGAGUAAUACUUCGACCGAUUUGGUCCGGUAUUCGAACCUCAGAAAGAAAUUCUUGAUCAUAACAUUUUGUUGGGUUGCGGACAUCAUGGCUUAUUACGGCUUGCAAAUUAAUGUGUCCAACCUGGGCGGUAAUCCCUUUCUCAACUUCUUCUACCUAGCUCUAGUCGAAGUACCUGGAUUUAUUUUCAGUUGGUUUUUUAUGGAAUGGUAUGGAAGAAGAUGGUGCUCUGUCUCGUCGCUCAUUGUCACUGGAUUGGCAUGCUUAGUUCCUGUAAUAUUAUCUCCAGAUAUACCAUACGUUGCUGUAGUGGCUUCUCUAAUCGGUAAAUUCGGGGCCUCUGCUUCUUUCAUGGCCGUCUACCAACAAAGUUCUGAACUUUACCCCACCACCAUCAGAUCCAUUGGAAUGGGUAUGAGUGGGACAUUUGCCGGUUUGGCUAAUAUCGUCGUGCCUUACGUUGUGUUCCUUGCUAUUUAUGGCAAGUAUCUCCCCUACCUCAUCAUAGGGAUGGUGUGCAUCCUGGCAGGAAUCAGCGCUACUUUCUUGCCAGAAACCCUGAAUGAAAUCUUACCUCAAACCAUCUACGAUGCAGAAAAGUUUGGAAAGGAUCAAAAGUUCUUCUCUUGCGGAGGGAGGAAGCGUUCCAUUUCCGAAGAAGAACAAUCCCCAAAACUUUUGAAUGGCAUUAAAGAUACGGAUUCGACUUGAAGAUAUAGCUAUGGCGGCAUCAACCUUUAAAACACGAUUCAGUGGCUCCAUGAACUUUCAAGCGAAUUUACAGUUUAUCUAUAUGGUUUGAAAAAGAAUAGUAAUAAAUAAUUUAAUGCAGAGAUAAAUAUGCUGUUGAACAUACUUUUCACUAUCUUUUGAAGGAAAGUAAUGAGCAAGCAUUAACACCACUUUAUUUAAGAAAGGUUUUUAUUUCUAAACUUUCAAGAAAUGAAAUAAAAAUACGUGUUGUCAAAAAGUUUUCAUGAAGAUAUAUUGCUUAUUAUUAUAUAUACUCAAUGCAAAAUAUUCAAGUCAUUUUAUGAAGAUAUUCCUUCAUCAUUUGAUUACAACACAGAAUAAGGGAGUUUGUACUGAAAUUGUAGUAAAGUUGUUCUUAAUUACAGAAGCUGCUUGAAAUUUCUACUUAAAGAUGAGGCUCGAGUGAUUUAACUUUGAUAACGUGAACUCAGUGAUGUUUGUACUUCAGCUACGAAAUCGAAGAAGAUGUGCUCAUUAUGUAGUAUGUACUAUUAUGAGUUUUUUUGCACUAAAUUUGUAAAUUGAGUAUAGAAAGAAAGAUUAAAGUUGGUAUCAGUUUUCAACAAAGAGGAGUACUAUGAAAAAGUAAAAAAAAAAAAAAAAAGAAAGAAAGAAUACGUUUAAAGUGACCGCACAUUUUAUAGGAAAGAUGCGAACUAGCGAAACAGGUUUAUUUAAAGUUGUCUUUUAUAUGCUGUUUUUAGAUGUGUUCAUUUGUUUUUAAUAUAUGAUUUUUAGAUGUAUACAAGCAAUAAAAAUAAACUUUUUAUCCCAUAAAA